CCCAGAUAUAAUAUUUGUAGCCAUAUAAGCACCUUCUCUAAAAUGAAAUACUCCAAAAUUAAAUGGUGAUAACUUUUUGUUAGAAGGAUCAAAAUGUUAAGGAUCAUAUAAUACAUUCCAAUUUAAUAAAGUAUUCAAAUCUAAAGUUGCUAAAUUAGACAAAAAAUAUAAUGCAUGAGCAAAAUUAACACAUACUCUAUUCUAAGACUUUACUAUAGAUCCUUAUAUUGGGCAGUAAUCAACACAUGCACCAUCAGAAAGCAUACUUUAUCUUAUUGGACAUCUAUUAUAUAUUACAUCCCAAACUAAACAAUCUCCUUAAUUUGGUCCUGUACAUUAUAAACAUUUAUAAUAACAAGACAAGUAUCCUAUAUGGACAUUUCGAAUUAAUGCUGAA